AUGUCUGGCUACGAUCAGUACAACCAGCAGGGCGGCCACUACGGCCAAGGCCAGCAGGGCUACGGUCAACAGGGCUACGGUCAACAGGGCUACGGUCAGCAGGGCUACGGUCAGCAGGGCUACGGUCAACAGGGCUACAAUCAGCAGAGCUACGGACAGUCUUCUGGAUACGAUCAGGGAUACAACAGCCAUAGCGGUAGCUCCGGCUCUGGUGCCGCCAACGACUACUACGGCGGCGGCGGACAGUCCGAGCACCACCAGCAGUCUUACGGUGGUCAGCAGCACUAUGGCCAGCAGCAAGGAUAUGGUCAGCAGGGUGGAUACGAAGGUUCUGGUGAACAGGCUCCCGGCGGUGCUCAGGAGGGUGAACGUGGCCUCAUGGGUGCUCUUGCCGGUGGUGCGGCCGGUGGCUUCGCUGGCCACAAGGCUGAUCACGGGUUCCUCGGUACAAUUGGUGGAGCGAUCAUGGGUUCCAUCGCGGAGGACGCCAUGAAGAAGUACAAGGGGAAGAAGGAGCAUGAGCAGCAGCAGCAAGAGUAUGGCGGCUACGGUGGCAGCCAAUAUGGUGCCCCUCACUCUCAGCAGGGUGGUUCCGGUAUGAUGGACCAACUUGGUGGCUUCUUCAAGAAGUAG